AUGCAUUGCAAUAUCGUCCGGCGCGAGUCCGCAACGCGCGCGAGAGCGAUUGACCACUCCGAGCGAGUCACAGCCCCUCCCACGCGACCCCACCCAAUAAUCUCUCCCGCCGGCGCUGUUACUACUUGUAGCAAGCCUCGGCACUGCCGUCUCCUCUCCUCUCCUGCCGUCAUGAAGCGCUACGGGCGGCUGUCUGGCCUAUCUGGCCUCGGGCUUGGCCUCGCCGCACUCGUCGCGGGUGUCGUUGCCAUCAGCUUCCUCGCGACCCACGCCACCGCUACUACUGACCCCUGUGCCAACUUUCCUUGCGGGUCAACUGCACAGUGCAUCGGGAACAACGACGGCACUCGCACAUGCCAGUGCCUUGACGGCUUUUUCUUUAAAGAAUCUGACAAGACGUGCAUUCCUGAAAUGUGCGCAACCCUUGAUUGCGGGCAAGACGCAACGUGCCUCUUGAAGAGUGAUGGGACUCGCCAGUGCAAGUGCAAGGAGGGUUACCUCUUUGAGGAGAUUGGCAAGACGUGCAACCCUGACCCGUGUGCCGUCCUUGACUGUGGGUCGAGUGCGGAGUGCGUUGUGAAGGAUGACGGCUCUGCCAAGUGCCAGUGCUACGAUGACACGCGCUUCGACUCUGCUACCAAGACGUGCAUCUACGAUGCGUGCACCCCAGUGGUCUGUGCUCCGAAUGCAACCUGCGUUGUGCUCAGUAAUGGCAAUCCCGACUGCCAGUGCCAUGCUGGUUUUAUCCAAGACCCAGUUCAGAAGACGUGCAGUCUUGACUUGUGUGCCAACGUGGAUUGUGGCCAAACAGCAGAGUGCUCCGUGAACCCUGAUGAGAAGUCUACCCAGUGCAUGUGUGGGGAUGGUUACCUCUUUCAGGACUCCAGCAAGACGUGCAUUGUUGACGUGUGUGCAUUCAAGGAUUGCGGGCUAAGGGCCAAGUGCAACGUGAUGAGUAACGGCUCUGCUGAAUGCCGGUGCGGGCCCGGAGGUAUCUUCCGUGAAUCCGACAAAGAGUGCAUCGCUGACGUGUGUAAUAACUCGCCGUGCGGGGCGAGUGCCACGUGCAUCAGGACAGGUGACUUCACUCGCCAGUGCCAGUGCAACGACGGUUUGGUCUUCCAGGAGGCUGACAAGACGUGUAUUCCUGUGAACGACCCGUGCAAGGCAAGCGCAGUGAAGUGCGGCAAGAACUCCAAGUGCAUUGUGAGGAACGGGAAGGGCGCUUGCGAGUGUGCGGACGGCUACACCAAGAAGAACAACCAAUGCAUUG